AUGACCGGCAUCAUUGCCUGUUUAUUCACACUUCCACUUACGGGUUCUUUCCUAAAGGUGCUAUCAAACAUCGCUGAAUUCUUUAUUCGGACGGAGUACACUUCGAUCGACACUGUCGGACUUUACCUGAUGCCCGCUUCUGUGGGAGCUGCGGUCGGCUCAGUCUUGUGUGGAUAUCUGGUUCAAAGAACUGGAAGGUACAAGUCAUUAGCUAUUGCCAGUCAUGGACUUAGCCUAAUUGGUUUCAUGUUGAUGGCUUGCCGCUGGCCGCUAGCCCCGAGCCAUUUUGGGCUUGUCCACUUAUUUUGUGCUGCGGCUGGGAUUGGUGGUCUCUUUUCUACUGCAUUUGUCGGUAUCUCAGCCGUAACACCACAGGAACAUUCCCCGGCUGUGAUAACUACCUACUACUUACUUGGCACAGCAACUCGGGAUUAUUCUCGGCGUCACAGAGGCAGCAACCGUUUGUCGACACAAGCUUCGGGAUGA